UGGUAAGGAAGACAUUCUGCAGUCACUUAGCUUUGAUUACUAGCUGCUGUUCGGAGAAAUGAGCCUGCAUUCACUUGGACUUGCAAAGCAGCAGAAAUCAAACUUUGCACUAAAACAGUUACUGUAUGAAUCUAGAGAAUUAAAAAUGAAAAUCUGCGGGAAAAUGUAGAAUUUCAUUUAGGACUGAAAAAAAACUACUGUUUAUUAGUAGCUCUGAAGACAUUUCAUUUGAAUGGUAACGCCUUUGGAAUUCAUCAAACGUCAGAAAUUCACUCUAAAUAAAUAGCACCGUGUGAAAUUACUACUGAAGUGGUUUCACUGAUUUGGAAUAUCAAAUAACAGGAUUUCAUCUACAGACUCAAAGUUUGUGCAUGGUUAAAGUACUGCUUAAUAGAGGUAUCAUUUGAAUGCCACAUCAGCAUGCAUACCCAAAAGUUAGAACUCCCCUAAAAUUUUCCACAGCCUUACCAGGGCUGUCGCUAAGAGCAGAGGGCUGGGGAUUUCCUGGCCGGCAAGUAUUAGCACAAACCCCAACUACUUUGAGAUGAAACUUCCUAGCUUUUCAAUUUCCCGCCUCCUUAUUGCGUACACCCGUCAGCUUGGAAUCUUUUUGACAGCCCUGCCUACUACAGUAAGUAGGAAAAAAUAACUUGUCUUUGAAAAAAAGCGUGCGUCAUGGACUUGAAGAUGUCUUUUUCAGUUUUCUUGAAUCCAUCAAGUCACGUGGCCUGCGUUGCUGACGUAAUCUAACCCAGUCAGUGGAGAGCUUAAGCGGCAACGUUUUUAGCGACGCGCGUCAACCGGAAGUGAGCUUUUCUCUCCUUUAAUAUGCAUUGACGCUUCCAAAUUUGUAUUGCUAAGUAUCUUUACCCCUAUAGAGACGAUUUGCCCAAAAGUUUGCUCAAAAUCACACCUCACGUGGGCAAAAAGUCCAUUUCCGGGUGACGUGCCUCACUCAAAAACGUUGCUGCUUAAACUCCCUAGUAACGUCUGCAAAGCAGCACUGAAAUCCUUGUUGUGGGCCCCCAACAGACUCAGCGAAUUACCGGAAUUUCCCUUCAACCUGAUUGACAAGUGUCAGUAGCCUUUUUAACAGGCCAAUCAUGGCGCGUACUCAAAUCCUGGCUACGCAGGUAUGGGGUCAGAACUAGGAUUCGACGCUGUUUCGCAGACGCACUUCACCAGUGCCCAGUUGUUCGAAGGCUGAUUAGCGCUAACUCGGGGUUAAAUUUUAAUCCGGGUUUCUUUUUCUUAUUAUCAAAAGUACUCUCUCGGAUAAUUUUCUCUAUUCUUUUUAGAGUAUCCAGUCAUCAAAAUGUAGGCAAGAAGAAUUAAACCGAAUUUAAAUUUUAAGCUCUAAUAUCUGAGUUCAAAGUUGGCAUUAACCCUGGGUUAUCUUAACCCAGCUUCGAACAACCCGGCCCUCAGAAGUUUAGCUCUGUCUGUGGUACAGGCUAGAAAUCGUACAGAGUAAACUAAGUAGCUGUUGUUUGUGGUUAACAGGGAUCCCGAGAACAGUUGGCCAUUGCUGAGUUUGCAAAUUCUCUCCUUGUUAUUCCCAAAACGUUGGCGGUGAACGCAGCUCAAGAUUCCGCUGACCUUGUUGCUAAACUGCGCGCCUAUCACAACACAUCGCAGAUCAACACAGAAAGGUCUUCCCUUAAAUGGUAUGUACUCUUAGAAUAAUAGAGAGCUUUGAUUCUAGGAUAAGGACGAUUACGAGGACUACAUUUUCUCAGUAAAGAGGUUUAGAGAAAAAAUAGAAAUGAGCUGAUAAAAAAUAGAAAAUGAGCAGAUAAAGGCUGUGAAAAACAAUUAUUAUUGAUACAAAGGGCGUGAAACUACUUAUAUUUGUGUGGAAGUAAUGAACACCUAAUGAUAAGUUAAGGAAAAAACAGAUCACGUGGUACAAAGUCACGUGGUACAAAGUCACGUUUGCCGUUUACGGUAAAACAUUAGUGAGCUUAAGCAAAGAUGUUUUUAAGUGACGCACGUAGACUGGAAGUGGUCUUUUUUCAUUUUUUGACGGUUGUUUUACCCAAAUUUUUGGACAAAUCGUCUUUAUUAUAGUAAAGACAUUUAGGAAUACAAAUUUGGUAGCGUCAGGUGCUUUAAAAUGAAAAAGACCUCACUUCCGGUUGACGGGCGUCGCUCAGAGCCGUCGUCAUUCUACUACGGGUUUCAAAGCGAGGCUUGAUAUGAAAAUGAUCUUUCAUUCUCAUGCAAACAAAACUCAUUUUCAUUUGAAAGGUUUUGUACGUAGCCUCGUUUUAAAAGCUUGAGAUCACUAUUUUGGACAGCAAAUACCUUUUAUAGAAAAUUUGCUUAACUGUGAAUUACAAGACUCUUUUUUGUUUGGCAGGAUUGGUUUAGAUCUGAUUGAGGGCAAGGUACGUGACAACAAGAAGGCAGGAGUUCUGGAGCCAUCAAUCAGCAAAAUCAAGUGUCUAAAAUUUGCAACUGAAGCAGCAAUAACAAUUCUUCGCAUAGAUGACAUGAUCAAACUUCGGCCAGAGAAGAAAGACGAAGGUGGUUAUGAGGAGGCUGUCCGGAGAGGAGAGUUGUAAACAAAUACGACAUCUUUAUGUACAACAAAAACUACUCCAUGCCCAGUCAUCUUUCACUGCAACAGCUGAACUGUGAAUAUUCCUAAAUGAUAUAUGGGCAAAAAAGAACUAAACUAUACUUCAACAAAAUGAAUGAGCGUGAUUCUCAUUUGCACUGUCACUGUUGUAGUGUGAAAGCGUCAGUUAC